GGCAAAGAGCGACCUGGUGUUUUGGAAAAAACAGCUCAGGUGGUACACUGCCGGCCUCGCAGCUAGUUCCCUUAACAAGAGAGAAGGAGGGCUGGAUUUCACAAGAGCUGACACCAGAUUUUUUUUGCUAACGUGCAAGGUCCACUGUAUGAGCCUGUGCUCAGUAAUUUCUGGAGGAGACAAACCUAAAUGCAGUCUGCAAGACCCUACCGAACCGACUGCAUCAGAAGGAAAUUUCAUCAUCUAGGAGUCCGCUCUCUUCAUUUGCUCCUGGGGACACCGGCAAGGAUUGGUGUGGAGACAGCGAGACAGCUUUCCAGAUACUGUGUUUUUUCAAAUCGAAGGUUUGUGGUGACCCCAUAUCAAGCAAGUCUAUGGGCACCAUUUUCCAGCAGCAUUUGCUUCCUUUGUGUCUCUGUGUCACAUUUUGGGGAGAAGGCUAAAGUAUCUUCCACAAUGUUCCCAUUGCAAGGUGUCCAGAUGCUGCAGACUCUGGAGAAAUCCCUGAGGAAGAGCCUUCCUGAAUCCUUAAAGGUUUAUGGGACUGUCUUCCACAUGAACCAGGGAAAUCCAUUCAAACUGAAGGCCCUGGUGGACAAGUGGCCUGAUUUUACAACAGUGGUUAUCCGCCCUCAGAAGGAGGAGAUGAUAGAUGAUUUCGAUCACUACACCAAUACUUACCAAAUCUACUCCAGCGACCUCAAGAACUGUCAGGAAUUCCUUGGCUCACCGGAAGUCAUCAACUGGAAACAGCAUUUGCAGAUCCAAAGUUCACAGCCCAGCCUGAAUGAGGUGAUAGAAAAUGUGGCAGCCACUAAAUCCGUCCAAGUCAAGCACUCACAGUGCUUUCUCUAUAUGAUGAUUAAUGAAGUGAAGAAACUGGUUCCUUCCCUGCUGGACGGAAAGAAGUUAUCACCCAGUGGAGGCAAACCCAACGCCAUCAACCAAGAGAUGUUUAAACUCUCCUCCCUGGACGUCACCCAUGCUCCCUUGGUGAAUAAAUUCUGGCAUUUCGGUGGCAAUGACAGGAGCCAGAGAUUCAUCGAGCGCUGCAUCCGGACCUUCCCCACCUUCUGCCUGCUGGGGCCUGAGGGGACCCCUGUGUCCUGGGACCUGAUGGACCAGACAGGCGAGAUGCGGAUGGCGGGGACCAUGCCUGAGUACCGGGACCAAGGCCUUAUCUCUCACAUCAUCUAUUUCCAGACCCAGGCUCUAGACAAACUCGGCUUCCCCCUGUAUUCUCACACAGACAAGAAUAACAAAAUUAUGCAGAAGAUGUGUUACAAACUGAAUUACAUCCCCAUGCCCUGUGACUGGAACCAGUGGCACUGCGUACCUCUGUGAAGCAGCCCUGCACACAAGACCAUGUUGGAUGGGCCUGGGCCGACAGAGGGAAAGAAGAAACUGUAAUUGUAACCACCGCUAAAGGAAUAGCACUACUGGGACUCUGGGGAAGCAGCAUGAUUGGUCGACAAGACCACCCCGGUCCCUGCACACAAAUCGCAUAUGGGCUUCUUUAGACUUAUCAGUCUGAGGCAGCCCCAGGUAUUCCUGCUGUGGCCCCCAUAUAAUUUAGCCCCUCACAGUCCUGGGAUCUCUGUGACCUUGCUUCAUCAGCUACAUGUCGCUCCAAAUCGCUUCUCCUGGAAUCCCUAGGACAUGGAUUAGUAGAGCCUUGACACGUUUUCCAGGGAGGGGUAGUAUUUUCUGGACAAUAUGAUUUAUUCCUCUUCCUUUCUAUGGCUGUUUCCUUAGUGGUCAGCAAGUGUAUUCUGCUCAGUAGGUUUGUAGAGAUGAUCUAUUCCUCUGAUUGCUGCCCCAGAAGUACAUUGAAUAUAUAUAAAUAUAUGUAAGAUGUUAGGUUAAACAUAGUCACAUGAUAUAGCAGGGAUAAUUAAUAAGAAAAAGACAUAGGUUAGCCUGUCCUCUCCUCACUCCCACACUUUCCUAAACCCACCUGAACCCCAAACAAUAAAGAGAUUUUGUGUUUCACUGCAUACGUUGACAUGAAGUGGUUCAUGAUGGGGAGAGCACGGGUGAGUUUACGGAGAGAGGGAAGUGGGUGCAACCAGGCAGUGGAUAUUUACUGAGAAGAGACAGAAGAUGAUAGGGAGGGUAUGGAUACAUACUGCCCCACUUGCCCUCAGCACGUUAUUUCAGGAUGCCUAAAUUCUAUGAAGUUUGCAGAAGAAUCUGGUUGGGAGUGUGGCGGGGUAUUCUUCCUGGUAGGGACAGGUGAACUGGGAGGGUUCCUUUGCUGCAGCAGAUCACCUGGACUAAGAACUGUUUCCUUCUGGUCCACCUCAGCCUGGCAUUAGGCUAUGCAAUUGGGGAUGAAAUGUUCCACCCACCUACCCACACGGAAGUGGUCUGACGUUUAAUUUCUUGGCCAGUGAGUGUUUCUCAACCUUGGCAUGGUGGGGAUUUUACACUGGACAGUUCUCUGUUGUGGGGCAGGGAGUGUCCUGUCCAUUCGUAGAAUGCUUAGCAGGACCCCUGGCCUCUACCCACUGAUGACAGUAGCAUCCUCCAUCCCAGUUAUGACAACUAAAAACGUCUCCAGAUAUUGAUAAGUGUGUGCUGCAGGCAAAGUCACCUGUGACUGAGAGCCAGCGGUCUAGAGAAAGGAUUCUCAAACUUGAGCCUGCAUCAGAAUCACAGGCUGUGAUUUAACCGUCAGGCCUGUUAAAACACAGACUGUGGAGCCUAACUCCUGGAUUUCUGAUUCCACAGAUUUUGGGCAGAGUCCCAGCAUUUAAAUUUCCAACAAGUUUCCGGGUGAUCCUGAUGCUGCUGGUCCAUGAACCAGGCUUUGAGAACUGCUGGUUUAGAGAAAUAAUAGAACAUAUUAUGUCCUAGAGCCAUAGAUGAAAAUUCAUAUUGCACACUACUUAGGUACACUGCUUUACUUCUGUAGGUAUAAUGUAAAUGUACAUUCUAACUGAUAAUAUUAGUUCCUUAUUAAGGAGGGCACGUGUCGCAAUGAGCUCUGGGUGUUACACACGAACAAUGAAUCAUGGAACACUACAUCAAAAACUAA